AUGUUCUCACAAUUUAGUCUCAUGUUCUCACAAUUUAGUCUCAUGUUCUCACAAUUUAGUCUCAUGUUCUCACAAUUUAGUCUCAUGCUCUCACAAUUUAGUCUCAUGCUCUCACAAUUUAGUCUCAUGCUCUCACAAUUUAGUCUCAUGCUCUCACAAUUUAGUCUCAUGCUCUCACAAUUUAGUCUCAUGUUCUCACAAUUUAGUCUCAUGUUCUCACAAUUUAGUCUCAUGUUCUCACAAUUUAGUCUCAUGCUCUCACAAUUUAGUCUCAUGUUCUCACAAUUUAGUCUCAUGCUCUCACAAUUUAGUCUCAUGCUCUCACAAUUUAGUCUCAUGUUCUCACAAUUUAGUCUCAUGCUCUCACAAUUUAGUCUCAUGUUCUCACAAUUUAGUCUCAUGCUCUCACAAUUUAGUCUCAUGCUCUACACUUUUUUUAUCCACAAGCCAUGA